CACAGUGCAUUGUGGGAUUGAGGAGGGCGAUCUGGACCAACACCUGUUGUGAUGUUGUCUGGACACGUUAUUCAUACAUGACAAUACAGAGCAGUACCGGGAAGUUAGAUUAAAUCAUUAGAAAUGUCCUGGGAUAGCUUACCAGCAAGGAGUGGAUAUUCCAAAGCAUUCAAGAGCUGGAUUUAACAGGACCCAUCACCUCUCCCACCCGUGUAUCCCUCCACCUCAGUCUUCCCGAAUCUACUUUCCCCCUGUCGGUGCUAUGACUUCAGAAGAGAGCGAUGUAGUCGGCAAAACCAACACAAGCUGCUCCGCGCCGGAGGGCCCCGGCUGUGAUUCCUCGGAGCUCGAUUGCACGGUGUGCUUCUGCCCCUUCGACAAUGUCUUCAAGGUCCCCAAAGUCCUGAGCUGCCACCACACCUUUUGCCUGGAGUGCUUGGCCCGCAUGAACGUGUCCUCCGAGAAAAACAAGACCCUGGUUUGCCCGUUAUGCCGUGAGGAAACCCAGUUGGAGACAGGGAAGGGGCUGCCAGACCUGCCCAACAACCUGGAGCUGAUCGGCAAGCUGGCCCCGGAGAUGCAGGGCGCCGUCUCGGUGAGGUUUAACAGAAGCAAAGGCCGCCUGUGGGUUAAAAAGAAGAUGGACCCCGCCUCCCUGAUCAAGCCCAGCAAGGUGGACAGCGUCAGCCUCUCUUUGGAUGUCGGCCGCCCCCCUUCCAGGGUCAGGACUGGGGCCUCCAGGCUGCUCCGCUCCACCCGGUGCUUCUACCCGGUGCUUGUCGUGGCAGUGGUGACCGUGGCUCUGGUCCUGUCUGGGAUUCUUAUAUUCUUGGUGAUUCCCAGUUUCAUGCACCGCCAAGAUCAAACUGUCAUACACUAUUAUAAUAUAUCCAUCACACCCCCACCGCCAAACAGCACUCAGAUUUAAUAGAAGGGAUCGCCGGAGUGUUUAAGGAGGCACUAGCUGAUGGAAUGGUUCAUUCCUCUUGUCGUGCAUUUCCAUUCAUUGUCUCUCAUGUGCAGUUUGGCAAGAAGUGUUUAAAUGACUGUUUUCUGUAUUGAAGAGCAGACUUGCUAUAGAGUUUCCCUUGCUGGAAUUAGAGACUGGGAAUUGGAGAGUGAUCUCUUAUCCCCCCGUAGGAUUUUGAAAAGCGCCUUGGAGCCUCGCUGCUUGUCAAGUCCACUCUGCUCACUGUCUUUGUAAAUAGCAGGGGUGAUGUGGCUUGUAUUCUUUCAAGAUGUCCUUUAAUAUACUGUAAUGUACAGAGUUUUAUUAAAAUGUAACUGUUCUUUG